AUGUCGGAGCCUACUGAGAAAGAGAAGAUGCUUCGCGGGGAGCUCUACCACGCCUUCACGCCGGACUUAAUCGCUGCUCGUUCGCGCUGCAAAUGGGCUUGUAAUCGGUUCAAUAAGUCGGACGAGGUACCCCGUAGGCGUCUCGUUGAAAUGUGGAGAGAUAUCGCCGACGACAAGACCCCUCUGCCACCAAAGCUAGAUGAUCCCGCAGCUGAUGAAGCUCUCUUCGAGCAGGAUCCCUGGGUCGAAGCACCUGUCCAUAUAGACUAUGGGUUCAACGUCAAGCUUGGAGCAGGCGUCUUCGUCAACUUUAACUGUGUCUUUGUCGACACAUGUCCCAUCACGGUCGGCGCUCGCACAUUGUUCGGCCCCAAUGUCAGCUUAUUCUCUGGGACUCAUCCACUUGAUCCUGCUCUGCGAAAUGGCACUAAAGGCCCUGAGACUGGGAAGCCGAUUGUUAUUGGGGAGGACUGCUGGCUCGGUGGGAAUGUGACUGUACUUCCUGGAGUCACUAUUGGUAGGGGUGUAACUAUUGGGGCUGGUAGUGUGGUUACCAAGGAUGUGCCCGCCUUUCAUGUGGCUGCUGGGAACCCAGCUAGGAUCAUUCGCCGAAUUGAAACGACCAUGAAAGAAUGA